GAAAUUGGCUCUCCUGAGGCUCGUUCAUCUUCAAAUUGUAAAUUACUGAGACGUAUUCCAAGUAGACGAAACUCAUUUGGUAGUUCGCGGUCUAACGUCUCACCAGUAAUCGCAAGAAUCUCUUCGCGGCUUGAAACGAGCCGUCCUGGCGUCUCAGAACGUGUCAGUACAUCAAACGACGACAGCUUCAACUUCAGAGUGACACAGCGACCACCGACAACUCCUGCACGUUUCAUAUCUUCAACAAGCAUGUCGCAAACAUCCUCCAUAAUUUCUAUCAAGGCCUCGCGACUAGAAGUUGGCGUGAACGUUCUUUCAGUAGAAAUACUCUUCCUCCGAGGAUCAGAUGACGAAGGACGACCAGGUAAACCGAGAGCAACGCGCAGAAAACACUCCUGAGAAAGCUCUGAGAAGCAAAAUUUUAGCGCCGCCCGUCUCUCCAGUAGCUGUCCAACCGUGCAAAUACCACAUGCUUGUAGGAGAGCCUCAGAUACUCGUCCAAUCCCACAAACCUUUCGUAUUGGAAGAGUACUAAGGAAUUCCAUGACUUUCUCAUAA